AUGGAUAAAAUGGGACCAACUCCAGAAGAGACCAGAGAGGCUCUAAAACAACCAUCAUUCAAUGUGUGGGGGAUCGAAAGGAACCAGAUGCUGUUUCUCUUGGAACACAUGUUUUAUGAAUUGGAUUUGGUAACAAAGUUCAAGAUAGAGCCUGAAACCAUGAGAUUCUUCUUGACUUCUGUUCAGAAACUUUACCAGGAAAACCCCUUCCACAAUUUCUACCAUGGUUUCUCUGUCAUCCAGAUGAUGUAUUGUGUGAUAUCCCAGUGCCAGCUACAGGAACACCUGUCACCCAUAGAUAUUCUCACUCUGAUGGUGGCUGCCAUCUGCCAUGACCUGGACCACCCUGGUCUUAGCAAUUCUUACCAGGUUAACGCUCAGACGGAUCUGGCCAGGCGGUACCACAACAAGUCCCCACUGGAGAACCAUCACUGGGCAGGUACGUGGCAAAUCCUGAGCCAAGAGCAGUCAAAUCUGUUACAUGGAGCAGACUCCAAGCAGGUCCCUCACAUACAGCAGGAAAUCAUGGAGCUGAUCUUGGCCACAGACAUGGCCCACCACGGGGAAAUCCUGCAGACCCUUCAAAAUAUAGAGACUUUCAGCUUCUCUAGCAGAGAGCAUGUUACUGUGCUGAAGAAAGGUCUCAUUAAACUCUAUGACAUUUCUAACGAAGCUCGGCCAGCAGAACAUGCAGAAAUCUGGGCAGAUGCCCUAAUGGAAGAGUAUUUUCUGCAGAGUGACCGGGAAAAGGCUGAGGGUCUCCCAGUGACCCCCUAUAUGGACCGGGACAAAGUAAGGAAAGCCGAUGCUCAGAGUUCCUUUAUCAGCUUCCUGCUUAUCCCCCUGUGUGAGGCGCUGUGCAAGCACUUACCUCAGCUGAACAACUCACUGCUGCAACCCCUGAGAGCAGCAGAUGGACAAGGUUGA